AGAAAAACUAUCUUCCUCUCUUCCGCCUUCGUGCCUUCAGGAAGCCUUCCAAGGGAUUAGGGUUCGUUUCUCCUUCCUCUUCAGAAACCCUAAUCCUAGACCAAGCCGAGGGUUUACGCGAUGGAGCCGGGUGGCGGCGGAGAACGGGGCGGGUUCCACCGCAACGAGGCCAUCUCCGCCGUCCAGGACGAGGAGCAGCUCUACGGGGAGGACGAGGACUACGAGGACCUCUACAACGACGUCAACGUCGGAGAGGGCUUCCUCCACGCCGCCCACCGGAGUGACGAGCCCGGGGGGUAUCCGAGGGAGGACGGGAGCAGGAGCAACCCCGCGCCGCCCCCUCCGCUGCUCCCGCCGUCGGGGGAUGCGCCGGAGAAGGUCCAGAUCCCCGGGAUCGCUGGCGACCCGAAGAUCGAGAGGCUGGUGGAUAGAUCUGGUGGCUUUCAAGAGCAAAGGUUCCGGGGAGGUGGACAAUCGGCGGUGGCGUUGCGCCUCCCGGCGCCGCCGCCUGGUGGAAUUAGGCCUGAGUUAGGGCAGUCUUCUGGUCGACCCGGCGAGAUCCAGGGGCAAUCGAGGAACUCUGGUUAUGGGAACGAGGGUUAUCAAAGACAAGGGGGUGGCUUUGGAGGUGAGGCGACGCAGGGAGGAGGCGGGCCAGCGGGAGGAGGGAGCGUUAACGGUGGAGGAGAAGGAGCUGGGGGGACUACUCUCUUCGUGGGAGAGCUUCACUGGUGGACGACGGACGCUGAUCUCGAGGCAGAGGCCAGCAAGUACGGGCAGCUGAAGGAGGUGAAGUUCUUCGAUGAGAAGGCGAGCGGGAAGUCGAAGGGGUUCUGCCAGGUCGAUUUCUAUGAUCCAGUGGCCGCUGCAGCGUGCAAGGAGGGAAUGAACGGGCACGUCUUCAAUGGCCGGCCCUGCGUCGUGGCGUUUGCAUCGCCGCAUACUGUUCGUCGGAUGGGAGAAGCUCAACUCAAGAAUCAGCAGAUGACAUCCCAAUCGUCAGCACCGCCUCAGAAGGGGAGAGGAGGGGGAGGGGCCCCGAUGGGUGGGAAUUAUGGGAGGGGCGGCGGCGGUAAUUGGGGGAGGGGUGGCAUGGGGAAUCGAGGGCCAAUGGGGAAUAUGAGGAACAGGAUGGGGCCUGUGGGUGGAAGAGGAAUCAUGGGAAACGGCGGGAUGGUUGCUCCACCUCCACCGAUGCUCCAUCCUGGUGCUAUGCUUGGUCAAGGUUUUGAUCCAACUGGUUACGGAGCAGCGGCUAUGGGGAGAAUGGGUGGUGCAUAUGGAGGCUUUCCUGCUGGGCCAGUGACAGCUCCAUUCCCGGGAUUGAUGCCUUCAUUUCCUCCAGUUGUGGCUCCUCAUGUGAACCCGGCCUUCUUCGGGAGAGGAGGGAUGGCCGCUAGUGGUGUUGGGAUGUGGCCGGAUCCCAGUAUGGGUGGAUGGGGAGGUGAAGAGCAGUCCAGUUACGGGGAUGAUGCUGCUUCAGACCAGCGGUAUGGAGAAGGAAGCCAUGGGAAGGAUCGGGGUCCUGAUCGGGAUUGGUCAGGGAUUUCAGAUAGAAGGCAUGACAAGGGGAAGGAUAUGGGUCCUGGGCAGGAAUGGUCGGAGAGGAGACAUCAUGAUGGAAGAGAAAUGGGUAGGGAGAGGGAGAGAGAAAGGGGGAGGGACAGGGACAGAGAAGGGGGAAUGGAGAGGGAAAGAGAGAGGGAGAGGGAAAGUAAUAGGUAUCGGGAUGACAGAGACGGUCAUGGAGAUCACUACAGGCACAGGGACCGUGAAUUGGAGCUGGAUGAUGACUGGGAUAGAGGACGAUCAUCGAGGCAAAGAAGCAAGUCACGAGAGGUGGAGCAUUCAAAGAGGCGGCAUUUAUCAUCUGAGUGAAAUGGUGUGUUAGCAAAUUCCUUAGCUAGGAAGGAGAUCAAUGAUUUGUGGGCAAGUAUGUCAGUCACUCUUAUUUAUGUUUUAGACUUUUAGUAAUUUCAUGCCCAUAGGACACGUGCAGAGGUUGCUUGCAGGGACCUGUUGUAGCUAUCAUUUUAGAUAUCUAGGCCAGCAGUUGGAAAUGGUUUGGCUACAGUAGCAGGUCCCUCUUUAUUGAAUGGAUGCUGGUCUUCUUCCGAGCUUACAAACUGAGUGAUGUGAAAUGAUGCAUGUAUUCUGCUCCAAAACCAAUUUAGUAACUGUCCUUUUGGUUUGAAACCUUUGGAAUGUAUUGAAGUGUUGUAGGAGAUUUCACUGCAUGUAAUGUAAGAUUUUAGUUAAAUGACAGGAAAAUGGUCUUGCUGAUUUGCACCUGUUAGUGCAAUAUCUGACCACGCACUUUCAGAAAGUGAUGGUGAGAUAGAUCUUUGGUCAGUGCUGGUGGAGCAAGAUGCUGUUCUUGAGGUUUCAGACUUUGUUUGUUUUUCUUUUUUAAUGAAUGAUGAUGAUGAAGGAAUUUGCUGAA